UUGGCUGCUAGCCAGUUUUGAGUUGAAGUGUUAGCAAUUUUAAUCACAUGUAUCCAGAGUGUGUGAUAUUUGUGCUGGCUGAGAGGAAGAGGUUACUCAAUUCAUCAGCUUAUCCGGUCUGGCUAGAAAAUGCUUCUGUGCAUGUAUGUGUGCAGGAGUGGGAGGAAGAGAACAAAUCGAAAGGCCAUUGUCCCAGCCAAUCAGGUUUGUUGUGCUGUUCAUGGAUGACCUGGGCCAUAUUUCCCAGUGGCGCUGCAUUGUGGCUGGGAGUCUCGCAGGCAUGGUUUCCGCCAUUGGGACAUAUCCGACGGACCUCAUCAAAACACGGCUGAUUGUGCAGAACGUGCUCAAGCCAUCUUAUAGGGGGCUCCUCCACGCUUUUUCUACUAUUUAUCAACAGGAAGGGUUCCUGGCCCUUUAUCGAGGGGUUUCCCUCACUGUUUUAGGUGCUCUCCCCUUCUCUGCGGGCUCCCUGCUAGUUUACAUGAACCUGGAGAAAAUCUGGAAUGGACCCCGAGACCGGUUCUCUCUCCUGCAGAACUUUGCCAACAUGUGUCUGGCUGCCACAGUGACCCAGACCCUCUCCUUUCCCUUUGACACCGUGAAGAGAAAAAUGCAGGCUCAGAGCUCCUAUCUCCCCCACUGUGGAGGUGUAGAUGUCCAUUUCUCAGGAGCAAUGGACUGUUUCCGGCAGAUCGUGAAGGCUCAAGGGGUCCUGGGGCUCUGGAAUGGAUUGACAGCCAACUUACUGAAGAUAAUUCCAUAUUUUGGACUUAUGUUCAGCACCUUUGAGUUCUGCAAGAGAAUAUGUCUUUACCAAAAUGGUUACAUUGUGUCUCCUCUGAGCUAUAAAUUGACCCCAGGGGUGGACCAGAGCCUGAAGCCCCAGGAAUUACGGGAAUUAAAGAAGUUCUUCAGAACUGGAAAACUGAAGUCUAAAAAACCGACUCUGUAAAA